AUGAUGGAUACUUUUUCAUCGAGACCGGAGGUGUAUACCAGAACAACCCUUUUGGUUGUACCUACGCACCUUGUCAAGCAUUGGAAAGAUCAAUUGCGGGUCCAUUGCCAUUCUGAUCACAUAGGCGAAGUUGUUGAGUACCAUGCGCAGGCAAGGUUGUCAACACUUGAUGAUACUAAGAGCCUUCAGAAGUUCCGAAUCGUGAUAACAACAUACGACGAAGUCCGGCGGUCAUAUCCAAAAUUCAGACCUCCAAAAAAUGUGACCGACGAGAACGUGCUUUCUGAACUAUGGGAGGCGGAAUACAGCCAGAAAAUUGGGCCUUUACAUCGAAUCAAGUUCGAAAGAAUUGUUCUCGAUGAAGCUCAUCUUAUCCGGAAUCGCGCUUCUAGCAUAUCUAUAGCCAUUCGUGGCCUCACUGGUCACUAUAAAUGGCUACUGACUGGCACCCCAAUAUUGAAUUCCAUAGACGAAUUUUACCCCCUAUUCCACUUCCUUGACGUCCCUAGAAUCGGGACCUCUCAAGAUUUUCUGUCCAAAUAUUGCAGUACUGAUGAAGGUCAAGAUCGCCUUAGAAACCUGCUAAGAAGCUUCAUGCACCGUCGAACACAUUCAAGCCGGUUGUUUUCCCUUCCGAUUAUAUCCCUUCCCGAUGUGGAACAGAAGGUAGUCAGAGUGAGGUUUUGCGAAGCUGAAAGGAUUCUUUACAACGCAAUCAUGGAAAUAUACUUCGACAAUAUCAAUGACCAAGCGAAGGUGCGCAACAGCAAGGGGGCUCAGCAGGGAUGCUUCUUGACCAUGAUCCUAAAACUAAGAAUGUUCUGCGACCACCCACUUACAGUGCGAACUAUUAUCCGGGACCUGCUAUCUGAACCAUUGAUGCGGAAACUUACGAUUGCCUCUCGCGAAGAAGGCGAUGACUCGUCUGGACCUUCCUUUAAACUCGUUCAGUGGAUCCGGGGGUUUAAAGAUAAUUACAACUUCUCGGUUGAGCAUCGACCGAGAGAUGAACAGGACAAUGCCCGAGACAUUCAAGUUUUCACUUAUAACCCCGAGCUCAUUCGAAAGUUUAGACAAUUCAUGGAGCAAUUACACAACAAUGGGGAUUGGAUCGAACGAGCGUAUAGAGGUGUCUGUUCCUAUUGCAAUCUGGAGCCAGACAAGACUGUGGUCACCUCAUGCAUGCACUUAUAUUGUGAGGAAUGUUUCUAUACUCUUCACGAGGAAGCAGAGAAAUCCGAAUCGGGCAAACCUCAAUGCCUCAAGUGUAGAGAUUCUAUCUUCGAAGCAACUCGCUGUGGUCCUGCUGAAGAAGCGGAGUUGGAGCAUCCAUCAGUACCUGAAGGGCGGCAAAGUGAAACUUCGUCUUCAAGAAAGAAAAGGAAUAACAUCAGGGGGAAGAGCAAUCCUGAGAAUGACAGAGGCAAAGUGGACUGGAUGAUCGAAUGUGGCGCAUCUAUGCCAAGUGCCAAAUUGACCGGCAUCAGAAACACCAUCAAGGACUGGAAGAUGGUGAAUUCUGAUGCAAAAGUCGUCAUCUUUAGCCAAUUCACAGAUUUUAUUCAAAUUCUUAUUGAUAUGUGCACAGAUAAAAACUGGGGAUAUUGCUGCGUAUGUACUUGUUUAAUUACAGUUAGUGAUUACCUGACGCCUGGUCCUACCUGACGCCUGAUUUCACUACCACCAGCAAUAUUGAAUAUGAAGCAAUUUAACCUAGCCCUGGUGGUCAUGACAG